AUAAAUCCAUUUUCUAUUACGACAGUGUAGCUUACACUGUGUGGAGCGAGUUACACAAUUGCCUAUGUAUGCAAGCGACGCACACAAAUACAUGUAUCUUUAGUAUUACAGAUACGCAGAAACGAUCAAAGUAGAUCUGAGAAAAUAUUAGAGCUACUGUUUGUAUUGUCUGUAUUCAGUUGGACACAAAAUGGGCAAGGAUACAAACGUAGCCUAUGAAUUGCGCAGGUGGCGUUCGAAAUUGCGAAAUAUGACAGCCAUCUCGAUUAAAGAGAUGGCAGUAUAUUCCACUCUUCAAAAAUUUCAUGACGGUAACUACAAACGACACUUCAUCAAAGUGACCAAUGAACGAAUCAUCAAAACAUUCGACCGAUAUACCGACGAGCCAUUUUUACGGUCAGAAAGAUUCAGACCAUCAAAAAACCAGAAUGAAGGGUACAAACAAAUGUUUGCACAUUUGGAACGUAUCGAACAUGGCACCAGAGUUUUUCUGAAUUCCGCCACCACUCAAUUGAAUAACCGCUUUAAAAGGGCAUUUAGAAAUAGUUCUGAAGACAGUGUUAAAGAAUGUUAUGAAAUUUGUGUCCAAGAAAUAAAAUGGAUGGACUGCAAAAAACGAAGUAAAAAACACAAGCGUCAUGAUUCCGAAUUGGAUGCGAAGACAACUUCAAUUUCGAGCAAAAAUAUCGAACUGAAAAGAAAGAGUGAACUCAAUAGAAAGAGUGAACUCAAUCAAGAACAAUGUUCAACAUCAGCUAAGAAAAAAUCCAAUUCGACUAUUUUGAGUACCAAACCAAAGUCAGCAAACACGGACGGUUCAAGUAACGUUAUCGCAUCAACAGCUAACGUCACGAUUUCGAAAAGUUUUGAAAUUGGUCAGCAGCCAAUUUUGGAAAAAGUACAAAAUAGUACUGCUUCAGAUCUGACACGUAAAACCGUCGGAAGACGUGAUGAAAUCACACAAAAUGGUAAUCGAACCAACAAUGACAAAUCGGUUGAACAUCGCUCCGGAGAAAACAUCGCAAAUUCUUUAAAUACAAGUGGUGACCGAAAUUCAGAAAAGUUUAUUGAACGUCAUCAGAACAAAGAAAAACUGUCACAUCCACACAGAGCUGAAAAGACACAAAAUCAUGUUUCAAAGGCUUCUAAGUGUGAUAAUGACAGAGAUUCAUCCAAUGCAACUCCCCGCAAUCUAAUAUGUCGUCAUUGCAAAGAUGGAAAAUAUUCCAAAUAUGAGGAUAUUUAUCGCCAUUGGGAGAUGAAACAUUCCUAUUUGAAGCAGCCAUUCCUAUUUGAAGCAAUUGGAGUUUUUGAAUGUUUUUACUGUAAUUACGUUGAAACAUGGCAAAAUCUCAAAAGGCACCAUGCCAUAACUCAUCCAAAUGAUGUGUUUGCUGUUUCUGAAAAAAAUGAUCGGAAAAAAUGUGGAUUUUGUGAAUACACCGGUGCAUUGGAUGUGCACUUCAAGAAAGAACACAAAGAGAUCGAUUCACCAAAUUCAUAUAUGUCACAACAUACUCUCAAAAAUCUGACAAAGGACUAUGCAGCACAAUAUGAAUUUAUUUGCGAUGGUAAAAGCUUCAAAAUGGUGGAAGAUAUUUUGGAGCAUAUCCAACAGCACAAAGCCAAUAAGUGUACCUAUUGUGGUCAAUUUUCAUCACAAGAUAUUUUCCGAUUGUGGAUGCACAUCAGAGAGUCCCACGAGGGCGAGCAUCUCAAAAACUACAUACCACGCUACAAACAGAUGAUAGAACGCGAAUUUCUCGACGUGUUAGUUAAAUUUGAAACCGGCCUAAUCACACGUAAUCAAAAUUUAUGUAACACACCCUACAAUGAUGUAUUUGAAGAUUUUAUUGAAGUCUUUGACAAGCGGCUUAACAUUUUACUAAAUGAAUUUGAAAAAGUAAAAAGAUUAAAAUAUGUUCUGAACAUAGACGGUGUGCCAUACAUUCAAGGCGAAAACUUACUGAAAAUUCUCGGCAAAUUACUCCGUGUAUUUGGUAUAAACAUUAACCAAAAGGACCUUGUAAAAAUCCGACGGAACGAACGCCAUGUAAUCCAAAUUGAAUUCAAGUAUAAACAUGUAAAGAGUCGAAUUCUUGACGCAUAUCGUGUGAACAAUAUUUACAUUUCGGAUCUUAUUGACGACACAUCGAUUUAUAAUUUUCCAUCAAGUAUGAGCCGGAAUAUCACACUUGAAUAAAAUAAUUGGUUUUUCUUAUAAUUUAAAAUGUC